CACCUCAACUCUUACAAUUGGAAACGCCAUUUUUUGGUCUCGACGUGUCCGAGGACUGGCAUUCGUGCAGUUUUCGCAUUUUAUUUUCUAAAUUAAUACUAAAAUGGCCAAGAUCAAGAGUGAAAAGAAAGGAAAGAGUGCUCUUAGCGAAGUUGUGACAAGAGAAUAUACUAUCCACUUGCACAAACGACUUCAUGGUGUUGGAUUCAAGAAACGUGCUCCUAGGGCUAUCAAAGAAAUUCGAAAAUUUGCCGAAAAGCAAAUGGGAACCCCCGAUGUACGAGUUGAUACCCGUCUCAACAAAUUCAUUUGGUCCAAGGGAGUCCGAAACGUUCCAUACAGAGUCCGAGUCCAGCUCUCACGAAGGCGUAACGAUGAUGAAGACUCAAUUCACAAGCUCUACACUUUGGUAACACACGUGCCUGUUACUACCUUCAAAGGACUUCAAACAGAAAAUGUGGAUGUGAGUGAAUAAGUAAAUGUAUCUUAAAUGUCUGGUGAACUCUAAAACAGCAUUAUUCUUGUAACUAAUUACCUUUGUAUUGCUGCAGUGAUAAGAAUAAUGUAAUAAAAGUUUACCAGAUUUGAA